GUUACCAGUGAUGGCUGCCAUUGUUUUAUGUGAGCUCCAGGACCUGUACAACCUCCUCAACCAGAGAGUGACUGUGUGCAGACUGGCAGAAAUCAACUACCUUUGUCUCAUCGAUGCUCGUGAAGCUCAGGAUUAUAAUGUAAGCCACAUCAUAACAGCCAAACAUGGAAAAACGAAUGCCAAAGGGGUGUUCCAACCCUUUGAGUAUGUGGAGAUGGACACAAUGCAGAACAUAGUUGUGUAUGACAGCAAAACCGACUCCCUGGAUACCUCAAGCAGAGCAUUUCAAUAUGCCAUGAUGGUGGCCAAAUCCAGUUUAUGCAAGGUUCAUAUUUUGAGAUGUGGUUUUGAAAGGUUCUCAGCUCUGUAUCCAUUUUUAACGACAAUAAAGAUCAUGUACACCAUUGGGGAGCUGGAAAGCCUGAGGACCUACCCGGUGGAGAUCAUCCCAAAAAAGCUCUUCAUGGGAAACCAGAAACACGCCAACUGCAAAACCACCAUUGAGGACUUAAAAAUCAAAGCUGUUGUUUGUAUAUCAAAGUAUCGAAUGCGGGUCUUGAACAGUGACGUGCUCAGAGUGGAAGUAGGAACAGAGGCGGACGAGAAGGAAUUGUGUUUGGAGAAGAUUUGUGACUUUAUUGAUUCCCAUAUUAGUAAUGGCUCCCGAGUCCUGCUGGUGUCCACACAUGGGUCCAGGCGCUGCAGUGCGGCAGCCACAGCCUACGUCAUGCUCCACCACAAACACAGCCUCCAGAAGGCCUGGAGCUAUGUGAAGAAGUGUAAACCCAGUGUGGUGUUUGAUAAACGCUUCACUGAGCAGCUGUUGAACUGGGAGAAAAAGGUUUCAGAUAAACCCACUGUCGACUAA